GGGAGGGAGGGGACGGGGAAGGCCGCGGCCGCUGGAACCCAAACAAAGCACGGCGGCGCGUGACGAGGGCGUCCGACAGGUAGAGUCGCUUUCGCUCCGCCAACAAACCAGAAAGCGAAAGAAGCUUCGGAAGACCUGGCGAGUCCGUGGGGAUUUUGUCAACAUUGACAGACAGAGUGCACCGGGCGCUGACAUCGGCAAAACAAAGGAAGGCGGCGCGGCUGACAAAACAAGAAGUUGUUACCUGAGAGUGUGUGGGCGUGUGUGUGUGUGUGUAUGUAUGCAUGUGUGUGUGUCUGCAUGCAAGCCACACAAACAACCCUGCAGCAUGUUGACGAAAGAGUACCGAAUAUGUAUGCCGCUCACUGUGGAUGAGUACAGGAUCGGGCAGCUGUACAUGAUCAGCAGGCACAGCUGCGAGCAGAGCGGCGGGGGAGAAGGUGUGGUGGUCGUGAGGAACCAGUUGGACACGCACCCCCAACACGGUCCGGGACAGGUGACGGAGAAGCGGAUCUACCUCAGCAGUAAACUGCCAUCAUGGGCCAAGGCCCUGGUCCCGGACUUCUGCUACGUGACGGAAAAGGCCUGGAAUUUCUACCCGUUCACCAUCACAGAAUACUCAGUGUCCUUCCUCCCCAGGUUCAGCGUCCGCAUCGAGACGCGAUUCGAGAACAACAACGGCAGCAACGACAACGUAUUUGGAGACACUCCCACGCCGGCGGAGAAUGUCAAUUUCCUGGAUAUCCUGAGUGACCCCAUCCCAGAGAAGCACUACAAAGAGUCAGAGGACCUGUCUCGCUGGCAGUCCGCUAAAACCGAGCGGGGGCCCCUGGAGGUCGGCUGGAAGGACCAGCACAGGCCCAUCAUGUGCUCCUACAAGAGGGUGCGGUGCAGCUUCGAGGUGUUCGGCCUCCAGACCAAGACCGAGGAGUUCAUCCACAGGAACAUCCGGGACAUCCUCCUGGUGGGCCACAGGCAAGCCGUGGCAUGGGUGGACGAAUGGCACGGACUAACUUUGGAGGAGGUGAGAGAUUUCGAACUGAAGAUGCAAGAUAAAACCAACAGCAAAGUCAAACAACAUGCAGGGCCUUCACCCUCCUGCACGCCCAUGUUUUCGCGCUCCAUGUCGGUGUCGGACGAGCGCACCCUGAAGAAGAUGAGCGCCUCGCCGCCAUCCGCUUCCUUGAGCAUGCCCAAGGGUCAAAUACGGCCUAGCUCCACCUCUGAGUGAUAUCCAGCCUCCAGCAAGCUCCUCCUCCUUGCAGAAAUGUAAAGAGCACCUGCGUUCAGAGGAGGAGCUACACGUCCUUGAUACCAGCUCCACGCAUAAAUGACACAAAAUGUUGAUUGUUGUGCACAUGCUUUUAUUGUCAAAGGUGUUUCUGUACUAUCCAUCCAUCCAUUUUCUACUGCUUGUCCCUUUUGGGGUCAAGGGGGCUGGAGACUAUCCCGGCUGUGAUCUGUGAUAUUUCUAGCUGAAUAAAUGCUUUUGAUAUUCUGUACAUGACAUGUUUUACAAGAUCAUGCUCUUCAUAAUUCUGAAUGGCAAUGUUUUGAUCUUCUCUAUUAAUGAAUAAAAUGUCAAAUUCA